CUGGUCACUUGACAGUGUCUUCUGAACAAUGAGGAUUAUGAAUUUGUGUCUUUUAUACGUUUUUCUUCUCACAGUGUCAUCGACUACGUUUCCUGUUCUCUGUAAAUCCAAUGAUGAAGCAUUAAUGUUGUUAGGUCACGGAUUUACCCACGUUCCCCGAGUUCUUGAGUCGGGUUCAACUAUAAAAACCUUAUGUUUGGCUCAUAACUCCAUUGGCAGAGUUCAAACUCAGGAUUUUCUGCACUAUCCCAAUCUAACCUGUCUGGAUCUUCGGUUCAACCGGAUCAGUUUUAUUCAUCAUGGAUCACUCUCCUCUCUAAGUGGCCUCACAGAUCUUCUUCUGGGGAAUAACAGGAUCUUGUCUCAUAACAGGCUUUUACACGACUGACCAAUCUACUGUCCUUGGAUUUGCAUGGAAACCAAAUUAGUGAAAUACAACUGGGUGCAUUUGAUGGUUUGUCUAAUCUGAGAAUACUGAGACUGAGUGGCAAUUGUCUUACGUUUUUGCCUCCAGGGAUUUUUUCUGGGAUGGAAUCACUUGAAACUCUUUACCUGGAAAAUAAUCAAAUCAGGUCACUGACAAGAAAUACUUUUAGAGGCCUUCGACAGUUACAUGAGCUAAAUAUAUCUGGAAACAUGUUAUCAUGCUUACCAAACAAUGUUUUUAAACCAGUUUCCCCGCUGCAGGAUCUUGUCUCGAGUUUUAAUGUUAGGAUGCAAAUCAAAAACACACAGUUCAAAUCCCAGGUGGCAUUAAAGGCUCUGUCUGUGAGCAACAACAUCCUGUCAAAGACUGACCUGCACACCUUCACCCACUUAUCAAACCUGGAGCUGUUGAAGCUGAAUGGAAAUCAUAUUCGGAGGAUUGGGAGGUACACCUUCAGUCACUGUGCACAAAUCAGGGAGAUUGACCUCAGUGACAAUUUAAUCUCCACCAUCGAGGAGUCUGCUUUCGCAGAUCUGAAACACCUCAGAGUUGUAAAGCUGAACCGGAACAGGCUCUCCCUCUUAGAUCCAAGGGCGUUUGAUAGCAGGUCUCAGCUGUCAUCUCUCAACUUGAAUGAGAACCCAUGGGACUGCAGCUGCAGCGUACUUUGCCUAAAGAGAUGGCUUGAGGGCGGUGCUGACAGACGUCCCCGUGUGUUGGUGAGGUGCUCUCAGCCUGAACUCUUGAGAGGCCAGUACCUGGGCGCCAUAAGCAGCGCGUUGAUCCGCGGCACCGACAGGAUGUGCAGCCAUGCGCUGCCGCAAGUCAAUUGCGGACCAACUGUCAUCGACGACGCAACAUGGCUGUCAGAGCCCAACGUCGUCAACAUGGAGGACACGCAGAAGCAGGGGGAAGGGUACAUACCUGCACCAGACGUCAUCAUCAGGAACGCUCACAAGCGUGACAUUUCAGAGUCACAGCGACUCCACAAUACAUCUGGAGUUAGAGUUCUGCCAACAGGAAGUAAAAUGGCCAAAUCAAUACCUACGCAAACCAUAACGUCAACCAAAGAUUUUUCCGGAAAGGAGACCCCUGCUUGCGUUUACAAUCAUGAGGUCAUCGUAAAUGUCUCCUCGGGAUCCGUCACCUCCACUUCUGCGGUUAUCAGCUGGAGUUUGACCAAACGCGACACGCAAAACGUGUAUUUCAGGGUCAUGUAUGACCGGUUUAGCACCAGGGGGAAGUUCAGUCGGUUUGUCAACGUCAGACAGGGCACGGUUUGUAAACUGUGUGAGCUGCAACCCUCCACGCCUUACUUUGUGUGUGUGGAGAGUGUGGUCCAGGACCAAGUGUGCCACGUGGCCUCUCGCGACCUCUGCCUCGGCCUCAUCACCGCGGCCGAGCCUCUCCCAGGCCCCGAGCCCGUCACCGUGACCAUGUACCUCACCGCCGUGAACACUCUGGCUGUCCUCGGCGUCCUCGUUCUCAUUGGCUACACAUGGUUCGUGCUCAGAAGACACUGGAGCAGCGCUCUGAGCCUGGUGUUUUCCCAGAACAGAAGCAUCUCUUGUGCCCUGUGCGCGGGGAUGCCACCGUCCGACAGAGCCUCCGGCGUUCAAACCAACAGUUCCCAAACGGGAACCUACGUACCCAAUGAUGUGGAUGCCAUAGACAUGCCACCCGUUCAUUAACCUGACUGCCUGAUCUGGAAUGAACGUGUGGUGUGACAAGCCGGUUGUGAACUACUGUAGCUUGGGGCGAAAAUCUUCGAGCAUCUUUUAUACGACGUUCUUUUUGUUAGUAGUUUCGAUUAAAUAUACAGUACUUUACCGAUUGGUAUUUUGUCAUGUUGCAUACUGGGUAUGAACUCCUUGAAGCUCAAAGCAGAAUAUGGACAAAAAUAAACUCCUACACAAGGUGGCAGCACACUCCAUGAGAAAAUAUUCAGUCGCGUUAACCCGUCAGUCUAAGAGGAGCCCAACAAUAACAUGACAAUGUGAGAAUGUAGCUUUGAGAACUUACACUGCUGAUAAGAGACAAGGCAAAAGAACAAGGAGACAAUGAUGAACUUCCAAGAGAUAUUAAAAGAUUUAUUACAACUAAUUCAUGGAAUUUUAUACAGAACUUUCUCACAAGUUACAAGUUGACUACCAACACAAUGUCAAACCCCUUUGAAGCAGAAAAGCCGAGGUAAAACAAAUGACAAAAACCUUCCAGAAACUUCUAAACCAAUUAAAAACAACAUGGCUGAUGUUACUUAUCCGGCUGAAGCAUUUACGUAACAGUUUAAUUCUCUCAGAGAAUCAUUUACUCAUGCAAAUAACAAGAAAAAAAGAAAUCACGUCAAAAAGAAACAGAAAUGGCUGAUUUGGACACAGCAGCAUGUCUUCAGACUACACAGUAGUAAGCCAGUGCAAAGAGAAAAGGCGAAUCCAUUCAAUGGUGUGAUGAGCAACCUACGCUUCUUGGUCUAAAUGUCCCAAAGCUUACAAGUGGUAGUAUAACUUAAAGAGACGUCCUAAUUUAGUUUCUCUUAGACUGAGGGAGCAGCAACGUGAUCUACUCCUAUUAUCUUUGUAUCAUGAUGUGAAGCAUUACGAGGCCUUAGGUACAGGUUGGACGGGCCUGUUCAGGGAUCUUAAGGUCUGGUAAGGUCUUACGGAUAACAUAAAGGUAGCUUACUAAUAGGACUCUACCACACAAUCUAAACUUGUCUUUAAAACAAUGCGCAGAACACCUGGAUAGAUAACACACAAUGUUAACAAUGUCAUUUACAAUGUUUCCCAAUUAUGUCAUCUCGGUCACUGGCACCUAUGCGAAGGAGAAACUGCAUACACACAGGCCUCCUUAAGUGGGUUCUGAGUCUAACACGAAAGAAAUGUCACCUCGUCAGCAGAAACCGUAUUCAAAAGUAUGAUCUUUCAUGUACCAAGCGUUUAUGUACAUGAUAACCAUUACUAGAGAAGUGUUAUAAAAAAAAAAAAACAUCAAUAAGAAUGGUAUCAAAUAAAUCUGUGAGGAAUU